AUGUUUCCCCGUGCAACACCUGAGCGAACAACACUCCCUCAGGGGCAGCAGCAGCAGCAGCAGCAGCAGCAGCAGCAGGAGGAGGAGCUGUCAUCUGCACCCCUUCAUCAGGCAUCCGCCUCUGCUGCUCGCCCCUGCUCCUCUGCUGCCCGCCCUGCUUCGUCCGCCUGUUCCAUUCCCCUCUCGCACACCAACUCUCGCACGUGUAUUCAUUCAGAAGGAGAGAUCGACCCAUCAGUGCUUGCUGAGCUCUCUCCCUCGCUCCAGCGGGAGAUUCUGAACAGCCUGGGAGCAGCUAGGGUGCAGGGCCGGGGUCGUAGUAGCACGAGGAGGGCUCAGGGCGCCAGUGCAGGGGCGUGUGAGGGCAGUGCAGAGCCAGGGCAGUUGAAUGAGUGCAGUUCUGCUUGUAGCGCUGCCCGUGGCGUGGCUUGUGGUGCUGCGUGUUGCGCGGUCUGUGCCGUUUCAUCGACGAGGGAUGCCAGAGGUGGAGGGGCAAUUGAAGGAAACUCUCUGGUGCAGGUAGAGGGGGGAGGUAAGGAGAGGGAGGCACAUGGCGGUAUGGUUUCUGGCAUGUGUGAGGAUGAUGGGAUGCACGUGGAGGGUGCGGAGCAGGAGGAUGGGAAGGGUGCAGUAGCUGCUAUGGAGGGGAGCGUUGCAGUGGACAAUGGAGCAAAAGAAGCAGCUUCAGCAGAAGCAGCAGCAGCCAGAGCUGUAGGCACAGAAGCACUGAGACUCUAUCCACAUCCCAUAUGGUACAACUUCCUACUCCAAGCCUUACACCGGCCACUUGCCUCCCUGCCCUCCACGUCAACGUCUCAUGUCACGACUCUCGCUCGAACCCAUGAGCCCACACCGCACGAGGCCUCUGCUGUGGCAUGCUGUCUGACUUCCAUGCAGCCCUCCUCCUCCUCUUCUUCUCUUCGCCUUCUCUUCCCGUCGCGGCCUCUGCAGCUCUCCUCAUACCUCUUCAGAUUAAACCGGUUGCUGAGUAGGGGCAUGCAGCCGGCAGUGCAGAAGGAGCAGCAGUUUGCAGCACCAGCUCGGGGAGAUAACGAGGCAGGGGUGGAAGGGGGUGGGGAGGCGCAAGCAGGGGAGGAGACAAGACAGUGUGUGGGGUUGCUGUUGGAGUAUCUCAAUGGGAUCACUCAGCGAGACUUGGAAGAGGCACAUGCAGUCAUCAAGGCAAUUAACAGUUGCGACAUUACCAUCUUUCGUUACUGCAUCUCAUCAACGUGA